AUUGUGUGGCAGAUUAGUCAGAUCCUCCCUGUAGUGACGUCAUGUUAUUGGUAGCCUAUCUUCCCGCAGGGAGGUGUGUAUAAAUGGCUGUUUGGUGCGGGCCGGAUGUGCGUCAUCUGUUCUGUGCCUGCGCUCUUCCUGUUUACCGGCAUUCAACAGAGGUCUGUGGUUAAAACACAGCCGUUUGGGCAUUUUAACACCGCUUGUGUCAUUUUGUGGGGCUUUGCGUACACUGGAGAGUCUAUUGUAAACAACCGUUACGUGCGGUCUGGCUCGUUACACUGCCUAGUCCCAGCAUUCCCGUGUGUUUACCGUUUGAGUGGGGACAUCCAAUAUAUGCUGUUUGGCAUCUACUUCAUUUCUAUCCCGUGGAUACUGACGUCAGCUCUGCUUUCUGGUGUGGCAAACGGCUGCGUUAUUUGGAGCUGUGUGUCCGACGGCAGUGAGGCUUUCCUUCACCGUGUGCUGUGUUAUGCUGUGUGAGCACCACUGAUAAAAUCACGGGUAUUGGAGUACAAUACGGUGAACCUGAAAGAAAGAGAGGUUAAGAAAAACACAAGAGCGAGAAAUCCAGAGGAAGAGACGUUUGAAAACCUCUUUGUGUUUUUGGUCUCAUGAUCGUGUGAAUCCUCACACAGCAUCUUUUGUUGGUUUAGCUGAUGUCAUGAUGGUACAAGGAGGGAAGCGGCUCAGCAGCGUUUCUUUCCUCAGAGACAGAAAUAAUAAACAUCAGUCUGCUACACAAGCUGCAGUAUGAUGUUGGAGCCAGUGCUUUUAUUCCUCGGUCUGCUCUCUCUGACACCAGCAGCUACUGAAGUGGGUCUCGGUGGAAAAGUGCUUCUGUUCCCGUAUGAGACUGAUUUCAGUUAUGUUAAACUCACUCCUAAGCAGCCACUGGGCCUUACAGCGUUCACGCUCUGCAUGCGCGUCGCGACGGAGCUCCAGGGCGAGCGUCAGAUCAUUCUGUUCGCCUACAGGACGCCCGACUUUGACGAGCUCAACGUGUGGAGAGAGAAAGACGGCCGUGUGUCCUUCUACCUCAGUGGCGACGGGGCGUUCUUCCACCUGCCGCCUCUCUCCACCUUCCGGACUCACCUGUGCCUCACCUGGGCCUCGCGCACCGGACUCACGGCCUUCUGGGUGGACGGACGCCGCAGCGCGUUUCAGCUGCACAAACCGGGUCACAGCAUCCACCCGCAGGGCACCGCUGUUCUAGGACAGGACCCUGACAAACACCUGGGCGACUUCGAGACGGUGCAGAGCUUCGCCGGCGAGCUCACGGACCUGAACAUGUGGGACUACGCCCUCACCGGAAACCAGAUCAAAGCGCUGUAUCUGAACCACGCGCAGCGCGUGCCGAGAGGAAACCUGUUCGACUGGAGCGCCAUCGAAUAUGAGAUCAAAGGAAACGUGCUGGUCGUGCAAGAUGAUUGAGAUAUUCAGGCACAUACAACCGCGCAUGCUCAUUUGCUAUCGUUCUGUUUAAUUGGAAAUGCGCAAACAAUGUCUAAAUAAAUAGUGCAUAUUUUUAUUUCAUUAUAAAUUUAGGAUAUUAAAGGGUAAAUCGAUGACUGAAAAAUGUUAUUUAAAGUGUAAUAAUAGACUGAUCAAUCAUAACCCAAAUAUUAAGCAAAAUUUAUAUUUUUUUGCAGUACCGUGGAGUACUUAUAUCAGCUUGUAUUGUUCUUAACAUGCUCAGAAGCUUGCUAAGAACAUUUAAAUGUAGAAGAAACAGUUUGUCUGUACUUAAAAACCAUGUAAUAAAUGAUUUGUUCAUGCGA